GAAUAUUCUGUUACAUACUAAUAGAAAGUAACAUGUUACCAUAUGCAAUGCUAAAGCACUUGACCCAUGCUUGUCCUAAUAUAAUUUCGUCGAUUUUCUUUACCUUUUGUUUCGUCGAUUUUCUUUAGCUUUCGUUUCGUCGAGUUAAUCGAUUUGCUUAUCUAUAACUAUACCUCUACGAAACCCGUGUAACGCAAUGUUUUCGGAACUUAAUUCACAAACAACUCGUCAGUGCUUAAUUUCGACAUCGAAGAAAGUCCUUCAAAAGGGAGGUGCUCGAUCCAUCGUUGGAUUCUGUUUUGUUCUUCGUGUACAAGCGUCGAAGGCAAAGCGGGGGCAAUGUCAAGGUGCUAUAAGGCUUGGCGCAUCCCUGACCGUCGGUCAUUCCACGCGGAGAAAUUCGAUCGACACGGAGAAGGUUCGGGGAACGUCGACAUACAGGAGCCAACGAUCUGAAACCGAAGACAACGAUGAAGAGCAUCUUGUUGGUGUGCGCGUGUUCGUUGCUGAUCGGCGUACAGGCCAUCGGUAGAUACAGAGGAUUAGAAUUUUUAGAACCUUGCUCCAGCAGGGACUACAAUAUCGAGAGUUGCCUCGCUAGGUCAGCCAAUGCUCUCACCGAACACUUCCGGCAUGGUUUACCGCAAUUGGGCUAUCCAGAGGUGGAACCCAUUAUCCUUGACGAACUCCAUAUCGCACUUGGUGGGGGACCGGAUGGCUACAGGGCUCAGUUUAAGAACAUUACAGCAAGAGGAGUUUCUACGUUACGAGUGACUGGUUUGAGGGCCAGAUUAUCGGAAGACGAGGUGCAGCUGCAAUUAGCCCUCAGCAUUCCGAAAAUCAGAGCUGCUGCCAAGUACAGGUCUAGCGGUACCUUGCUGUUGGUGAAAGCCAGCGGUGCUGGUGACUAUUGGGGUGAAUAUGAAGGUGUAAAGGCAAAAGUAUUCAUCCGGGCGAAACCAUUCGCUGCUCAAGGUCGCAAUUAUUUAAGGUUGCAGCAACUUAAAAUGGACUUUAGCGUGCAGAAUAUUAAGAUGGGCGUCGAAAAUGUUCGUGACAGCAACGCCAUUAUUCUGGCAGCAUUGAAUCUCUUCAUUAAUACCAACAGCCAAGAAUUGUUAAAAGAGAUGAAACCUGAUCUAAGGAGGAAAUUAGUUCAGGUAAUGACAAGCUUCGUUGAGAGGAUCUUUGCUCAGGUACCGUACGAUGCGUGGAUCAUCGAUUGAAUCGAUUAAAAUUGCAUCAUAUCUGUCGAUAGUCACUUAAGGAAAAAGGAUCACCAAAUAUCUUGCGACGCAUCGAUUAAAAAAUAAGAAGUUUAUGCAUACGAAAGAUACAACGACGAAAAUGUUAUCUUUAUGUUCUUUUCUUUUUUAGAAGAUUUUUUUGUCCACUAGGAAACGGAUGAAAUGGGCAGCAAAAUUGAGUUUUAUAAAUAUUUAUUAAUUUGUAUAUAAUUUGUAUUUAAAUUUGUAUUUUGUUAAAAUCGACGACUGAGAAUCACAAUGUUGAAAGCCAGUCUAUUGCUAAUAAUUUUGCUAAUUUUCAUAAGAUAGUGUCCUGCAUUUAUUAUUAUAAAGCAGCUGUAUUGUGGUGUAAAACGUACCGUGGCUGAGAUUAAAGUUAUACAGUUAACUUUUACAGUUUUUUAUUAAACAUAAGAUUAAAUUAGUCGAGCUGCGAUAAUUUCGAAUCUUGAAGUAAUUCGAACUUAAGACAUUUCAACCUGAUAAGCUUACUUUCGCAUUAUUUAUGUCACUUAUACGAAUGUAAAAUGUUGUAGACAUUAUGUAAGUGUAUGUAUGAUAGUUCUAAGGAAUGGAUGAUUUGCAAUAACAAUUUAAAUGCCAUCGAAUUGGACUAAUCACGUUAUGUUACGUAUUCGCGUGUUCAUCGAUUGCAUUGUUACGAUUAUUUAUGACUAACUGAAGAAUGAGAAUGACGGAAGCUGAAUUAUCGUUUAAUAUUCUUAUCGUGCCAGUAAAUUGGUAUUCGUAACGAUCGCAGCUUUCUCCGUUUUCAUUUUUUAGUUUAUAACGUGUGCUUCACACAAUAUAUUUUUGUAUACCUUGCUUCGUGUUAUACAUGUUUCGUGUUAUCAUUCGUUUUAUAUUCUCCCAUGUGUUUUAACUAUUUCGUUUCUACCGAAUUCUAUAAUGAGCUUUCAAAUCUAUUUUAAACUGAAAAACAGAUCGAACGACGUUAUUAAUACGAAGCUAAAAACAGUUUAUUUUCUGGUAUUUAAGAAUUAUGAUGCAAUGGUCGUUACAUAUGUAUGUAUGAUUGCAAAUAACACGUGUAAAAUGAAUCGAAAUUGCAAUCGCUAAUUACAUAUUAAAAUAGGAAUUUCCACGAAGGAAAAUCCUAUGAUUUAUGAAUUAUUCACUAUACGUGUACACGUUUCGUAUUUAGAACGUAUACAAUCUUAAAAUCCUCUCAGUACGUCGACGAAUAGAAUAUUAGAGAGAAGAAGGCAGUUUGAAGAAAUAAUCGUUUAUAACAUUACGGCAAACUUACACAUUUAAUACGAGAAAGCACCGUUCACUUUUGUCACAUACGUUUGUUAACGAAAUAAGCGAAAAGUCAUCAUUUUUCAAACUCAAACAGAUGAAUCCACAGCGUCUGCGAAAGGUAUUUGCGUGUCGUUGUGUUUAUUAUGAUAUUUACGUACUAAUUAAUUAUGUCCAGGUAUAUGGAAUUUCGUAUUAUUUGGUAAAACUUUCAUACGAGUGCAAAAAUGUAAUAUUACGAAAACGAAAUGUAAAACCCGAUGAAAAGUGCAUCAUUGAGAAGUAAAGGUGCGCGUAAUUAUUUUUCGUAGCUACUAUACAUACAAAAUUUAAUAGCCUUAAAUAUAGAAUCGGAA